AUGUUCUGCGCCUGUAGUGCUGCAUACCAGGACUCUCCACCGAACACCACCGUCUGCGCGGUGUGCAUGGGAAUGCCGGGCGCGCUGCCCGUCAUGAAUCGCAAAGCUGUGGACUAUGUGAUUCGCACCGGUCUUGCUCUAGGUUGCGAAAUUUCCACCUUAACUAAGUUUGACCGUAAGAAUUACCCAUACCCCGAUUUGAUGAAGGGUUAUCAGAUUUCCCAGUACGACCAGCCUGUCGCCUACGGUGGCUGUCUUGCAAUAGACACCGACUCCGGUGAAAAGACCAUAGGAGUUACGCGCGUUCACUUGGAAGAAGAUGUAGCUAAAUUGUUUCACAGGACGGACGAUUUCGGCGAAAGUUACAGCCUGCUGGAUGUCAACCGCGCCGGUGUACCCCUGAUGGAAAUCGUCAGCGAGCCAGACAUGCGCAGUCCGGAUGAGGCGCGUAGCUACCUCACGCAACUCCAAACCAUCCUUCGCUAUAUUGGCGUCAGCAGCGCCAACAUGGAAGAGGGCAAUUUCCGCUGCGAUGCCAACAUAAGCGUGCGCCCGCGUGGAAGUUCGGAGCUUGGCGCGAAAGUCGAGAUCAAGAAUAUGAACAGCUUCCGCGCUGUUCAUCGAGCGCUGCAGCACGAAGCGGAGCGACAAGUCCGCGCGGUGAAAGAGGGUGAGCAAAUUGUGCAGGAGACCCGGGGCUGGGACGAGGCCACUGGCACGACAUUUACGCAGCGCACCAAAGAGUAUGCCCACGAUUAUAGGUACUUCCCGGAGCCUGACCUCCCGCCACUUGUCAUCGGCGAAUGUUGGGUGUUGGAUGCACGUCAAGCGCUGCCCUGA